GCAUAAGAAGUAAAAAGAUCCUCAUAUUAAUCUAACAUGUCAAAUAUGUACACUUUUCCCGUUUUAUUUUUACAUUUAUCCCAUUGACUCCCAUGUUGUGAGAAUGUCUAAAUAAGAACACUUGUAAAUAAGAAGACUUAUUGUGAGGGAGGUUUUAAUGUGCAUGUGUUUUAUUUUUCAAAGCAUACUAUGCAGCGUUUUACAUAUACCGAUGAAUAAUGCUGUAUUCCACACAGUCAGGAAUAUAGAGGGGUAUCAUACAAGAAUAGCUUACUUAUAAUACAAGAAUAGUUGCUGUUCUAAACUAAGGUUUGUUUGAGAGUGACAAAGAAUAAGUUAAAGUGAUAUUGACACAAAAUACUACAAUAGUUGGACAUGGAAGAUCCUCCAUAUUAUUUAGAUGAAAUAGAUCCGAAUAUUCCAGUUGAGGUGAGACUGAAACAUAACCUCAGAUGUAGUGCCUAUAAAGGUGAACUGUACCCGCUUUUCUGGCCAAGAACGUACUGGAAGAUUGGUGAUACAAAGGAUAAAAUCACAUGGGCUGAUUGGUUCAAACAAUGGGAAACAUUUGAGUUUCUUCCCGAUGACAUAAUUCUGUCCUCAUAUCCUAAAGCAGGACACCAUUGGAUGUUUGAAGCUUUGCACAUGAUUGUUAGUGGUGAAAUUAAGAGUCAAAACUGUUCAAAAAGUCGAAAUUUCAUAGAUGAACGGGAAAUGGAGGAAUUAAAAAGCCUACCUUCACCCAGAAUCUUGUUGACUCACUUAAAGUACAAGGAUAUUCCAAAGAGUUUAUUUCAAACAGGCUGUAAAGUUCUCUACCUGUACAGAAACCCUAAGGAUUCAGCUGUAUCCUACAUGCAUCAUAUAAAGAAUUUGGAAAAUGCCUACAAAUUCAAAGGAACCUGGGAUGACUACUUUGAAAUAUUAAUGGCUAAUAAAUUUGAAUAUGGCAGUUGGUUGGAAAAUGUACCACAAUGGUGGGAGAAAGAAAAGGACAAUGAAAAUGUUCUUUUCAUGAGAUAUGAACAACUGAAAAAGAACUUCAAAGAAAACAGCAAACGCAUAGCAGAGUUCCUAGGCAAGCAAUAUAAAGAUGAUUUCUACAAUGAAUUGGCAGUAGCUUGUGACUUCAGCACUAUGCAAAACAACCCUAAGCUUGACAUGGCAAACUUUAAGUCUAAAGAUGUUAAACAUGUAUUCUUUAGAAAAGGACAAGUCGGAGACUGGAAGAAUUACUUCACA